ACAGAGUUUGUUCACGAGUAGCAGGCCUCAUUCAGUGAUCGAAGGCAGCGACAGUCUGUUUGUUCCAAAAUGGAAUAGCAAUGUAAGGCAGCGAACUAACGUGGUAGGACCGAUCGGGACAGAGAGACCCAAGUCAGCGGAUAUCAGUCAAUGGAACUUACCUGGGCAAUAUUCAGUCUGGAGUCAGAUCCAACCGCCUCCUACUGAGGAUACUUUCAACAGAAGGACACGCAUAAAUCAACAACGUACGACUGCUACCAAUAAUAUCCCAGCUGUGCCAGAAACAGCAGAAGAUUACCCUAUGAAGAAUAAUGCAUCCGAUGAUGGUCGUCGUAGAUCAUCAUCAGCUACAACAACAACAACAACAACUGCAGGCAAGGAAAGUAGCAGCAAUAACAACAAAAAGCCCUCUGAAGUGGUUGACAUGGAACUUUUGAAAGAUGUACCUGCUUGGCUCAGGAGUCUUCGUUUACAUAAAUAUAAUCCUAUAUUUGGUGAUAUGCGCUGGCAAGAUAUGGUCAAGAUGUCUGAUCAAGAAUUACUAAACAAGGGAGUGGCAGCCUUAGGCGCCAGAAGAAAGAUGCUUAAAGUAUUUGAAAAUGUGAAAGCACACUGUGAAGCCAAUGAUAUCGAAUACUAAAGGGGUGCAUAACUUGCUGAGCAAGAGUCAUUUUUUUUUGUCUAUUUUUUUGAUUGUGUUCUUAUUAAAGAGAAGCAUUGUUUGUUGCCAACUGGAAUAUAUCAAAUGUAUAUACAUAUACACACUGAUUUAUUAAACACACAUAAAUUAAGCCUUGGUAGCAGCAAGGGCCUUUUGAGUACCCUUCUUGGCGAAACGUUGGUUACGGAGGAACUUGGCGUCCAAACUCUUUUGAGCGCGGUACUUGUGAAUGACGGGCUUCUUGAUACCGUUACGAUGGGCCUUCUUGUUUUGGUUGUGGUUG